AUGAAAAUAUAUUUCAGUCGCUUUGUUAUUGUAACGAUAUUUCUGCCCAUGAAGAACGGCAUUGGCGAGUCGUGGUCAUACCUGAUACUGUUCGUGGCACCAGUCGUCGCGUCCGUAGUCUUUCUAUACUUCAAAUUGCCCGAGACGAAAAACAAAACUCCGACCGAGGUGGAUGAAGCCGCUGCAAAGCUUCCGAAGAUAUUCUCCAGGAAGUCCAAAGAACUUUUGAAUGUUACGAGUAUUAAGUUAUGA